AUGUCCCCGCGUGGCGUCGCGCGUCGCCGGCGGCGCAGGCGCAGCGCUGCGCGCGGGGCCAAGAUGGCGGCCGGGAGCUCCUCGCGCUGGCUCGGGGCGGCCGCCGCCGUCGCCGCCGCCAGGAGCCGCGGGCCGGGGGACGGGCGGCUGCCGCUCCUCUGGCUCGUCCGGGGGCUCAGCGGCCCGCCGCCUCCCGCCGCCGCCUCGGCCCGCGCCGCCCGCCGCCUCCUGCCGCUGUGCGCCGGGCUCUGCGCCGCGGGGACGAAGCGCGCUGCCGCCGCCGCCGCCGCCUCCUUCCACAGCAGCGCGGCGGCCCGGGCCAAGGAGGACUACUACCAGGUGCUGGGGGUGCCCCGCACCGCCACCCAGAAGGAGAUCAAGAAGGCCUACUACCAGCUGGCAAAGAAAUACCACCCUGACACAAAUAAGGAUGACCCUAAAGCUAAAGAGAAGUUCUCUCAGCUGGCAGAAGCCUACGAGGUAUUAAGUGAUGAAGUGAAGCGGAAACAAUACGAUGCCUACGGCACGGCUAGUUUUGAUCCUGGCGCAGCAGGUGCCGGCGCUGGGCGGCAGUACUGGAGCAGUGGUCCAUCGAUUGAUCCGGAAGAGCUUUUCAGAAAAAUUUUCGGAGAGUUUUCGGGAUCCCCUUUUGGCGAUUUUCAGAAUGUCUUUGACCAGCCACAGGAGUAUAUCAUGGAACUGACGUUCACCCAAGCUGCAAAAGGUGUUAACAAGGAGAUUGUGGUGAACAUCAAUGACUCCUGCGAGCGAUGCAAUGGUAAAGGACACGAACCUGGUACCAAAGCGCAGCACUGUCACUACUGCAGUGGCACUGGCAUGGAGACGAUAAAUACCGGCCCCUUUGUAAUGCGAUCUACGUGCCGACGAUGCGGCGGUCGUGGUUCCAUCAUAACGACACCAUGCGUAGUAUGUCGAGGAACGGGGCAAACCAAACAAAAGAAGACAGUGAUGGUUCCUGUGCCAGCUGGUGUUGAGGAUGGGCAGACAGUUCGGAUGCCCGUGGGGAAGAAAGAAAUCUUCAUUACGUUCAGGGUUCAGAAAAGUUCUGUGUUCAGAAGAAAUGGAGCAGAUAUCCAUUCGGACCUCCUUAUUUCAAUAGCACAGGCUGUUCUGGGAGGCACAGCCAGAUGUCAAGGCUUGUACGAGACAAUCAAUAUCGCAAUACCCCCUGGUAUUCAGCCAGACCAGAGAAUUCGAAUGAGUGGGAAAGGCAUUCCCAAGGUUAACAGUUACGGCUACGGAGACCACUACAUUCACAUAAAGAUAAAAGUUCCUCAGAGGCUGACGGAUCGCCAGAGAGCCUUAAUGAUGAGCUAUGCCGAGGACGAGGCAGAUGUGGACGGCACGGUGAAUGGGGUCACAAACACCGCAUCAGGUGGCAGGGCCACGGCUAGCGCUGACGCAGGCGGGGAUAGGCCUGAGGCUGAGGAGAACAAGGAGGGAUUCCUUUCCAAACUUAAGAAAAUGUUUAGCUCCUGACACCCCAUCUGAGGGAAGCGUUCCACUGGAAACUAAGAGCCAGCAGCAGCAGCCGGUCUUUGCAGUCGGGAAUGAAUCUUUCUGGCAGCGGGCUCUGGAGAGCGAAGGACGUCAGUCAGCAGCACAGUGAGAAUCCCAGCUGGAGAGGCUACAAACCACUGAGGCACCAACAAUCAUCGUGAUACCAAACCCACCCACUGUCCUAGGAAAUGGUAAUGAAGGAAAAUGCCAGCUUUGCAGAAAUGUGGCACUCUCUCGAGGUUGCGCCACAGUCCCUACUGCUGCUGGAAGUUUAUUUGGUAAAAAUUAAAGUUGAAAUAUUAUUUAGAAUCCAGAACAGUGGAAAUGUGAAAUAAAAAUUGUCCUUCCAGCACAGAGUGGAGCAGUUUGCUGUACGGAGUCCAAGAUGGCUGCUGCUCACUCAGACGCCCUUCUGAAUGCUAGAUGUGCUUGGUGAACUUGUCACCGCUUCUUUUCUCCCAGGAGACUUGGUGGGUCAGUGAGUUUUAACCCUGUCUUCAUGACAGCCCUCCUAGCUGUCCUGCAUGUGUCUCAGAGUGGGAAGUCUCCCUGUGGCUGGGACUCGUCAGAGCCCAGCUGCCCUGGCUCCCUCAGCAGCCGUGAGGUUUCUUAGUCCUGCUGAUUUCCUGCAUAAAGAGCAGCGAUGGAAUCUGCACUUUGCCUCAGGUUUCCCUUACCCUCCCCAAUUAACUAAAGUUAAAACAGAAAUGCUGUCGCUUCUGAAUGUGUACAAGUUUAUCACCAAGCCCUUUGCCAGUUUGGGACAAAGUCUUUUAUUACAUUAGCGCAACACCCGUAGCGUAAAUGAUUGGUCAAAGAAUCAUUGUUCCUACAUGUGUGAGAAUACAUGUGAAGAGGAUCACUCCUUCCAGGUGGAGUCGAGCUCUUGCAGUGAGUAUUUUCAUGGUUACUGUAGCCCGCUGUUGUUAGUUAUACCGUGCAGGUACCAUCAGCCCACAUACUAAUCGACCAGUUAAACAAGGACGUGUCGUAGUCUUGCCCUUAAUUUGCUGAAAUAAAGCACGCGUUGCCUCCUGAUCAAACUGUCUGUAAAGUGAUUCUGUAUCCAUGUAAAUAAGAUUGACUUCAUAAAGAUAUUUAACACAU